GAAUUUUGGCGACGUCCAACACCCGUGUCAACUUGGCUUCAUCGAGCGUUGACGUGACCUCUUCUUGUUCUUCAGCGAGGACACGGUGAUACAUAUCGAGAUUCCAGUCAAGCACCAUAUUGCUGAAAAUGCAAUCGCCCCCAAGACGAUCUUGUCGAAAAAUGCAAACCUUUGGUCCGAUCACUGCCCAGAUGCAAUGAUCUAACCGUCUGGCUUGUAUAUACUCCCUUACUCUUCCGACUCUGGACACAGCGAUCUUGGAUAUCUUCUCUGGAUAUACCAGAAAUUCAGCCUCGCCCGAAAUGAAGCCUGCAGCACCUAACAAGGAAUCCUUCGUUCUUCCAAAGUUGAAGUACAAAUACAAAUCCCCAGUUGAGAACGAUCGCUUCAUUUUCUACGACGUCAAAUUCUAUCCGUAUUCGACCGCGACGGAAGAGGAACCCAUAUUUGCGGUCUUGCAACAGAAAGGAGUCAUUAUUUAUCGAAUAUCGUCAGACCCUUCCCAAUUUCUUACAACGCUACAAAAUGUGGUGGAUCAGCAGGAGUUGGAGGACAAGAGCUCUCCCGGUUUGAACUCUUGCUCUUGGUGCUACAUCGACCCACAGAAACCUUUGCUCGCGGUCGCAGGCGGUACAGGUCAAUUGAAAAUCAUGGAUGUUCUCGAAGGUGACCUUUUUACAACGUUGGUGGGCCACGGUUAUGGUGUUAUUAACGACAUUGCUACUCACCCACUUUACCCCUGGAUCGUGGUCACCGCUUCGAUGGAUAAGAGCCUUCGAAUAUGGGACCUACGACGUUAUGCGAGUCCUCACGAGUCCCCCACCAUAAUCAUCUGCGGUCAAGCAACAGGGCACUGCGAAGGUGUUUUGACUGUAUCAUGGCAUGCAAGUGGCCGUUACUUGGUCUCUGGGGGUCACGAUCAACGAAUAUGUGUGUGGGCUAUGCCGGACUUAUCUGACGGCUCAUCCUUUUGGCAGGAAGUAUCACCAGAGUACAGGAAACGAAGUUCUAACGAAGUUUACUGCAUUCAUUAUCCUCAUUUCACCAGCUCAGCAGUUCACUCUAAUUUCGUGGACUGUGCAAGAUUCUACGGCGAUUUGAUAAUUUCGAAAGCUGCCAAUGAGAAUAAGAUAGUACUUUGGAAAAUGACAGCCUUUGAUUCCAGUCAGCCUCCUCCAAGCUCUGUGACGGCGCCAAAGAUCGAAGAUUAUCUGGACACCCGCAAUGGUUUCAUGCGCAAAGUCAUACGACGCGAGAACGGGCUCGUUGAUGUGGAGGUAGCGGAAGAGUACGAGGACGAACCACCCUAUGAGAGACUACUCGAGUUUGAGACUCCCUGGGUCGAACAAUUCUAUCUCCGAUUUGGCCUUCUAUUACCCUCUGUUGCACAUCCGGAGGUGCAUCCUGUCCUGGCCUUUGCGAAUGCGGCAUCAGAGCUACGAUUCUGGGAUCUUGAGCGUUUCUCGCUAGGUCACGCUGGGGGACUGGAUGUGGCCAAGGCCCCAAAGCCCAAAAAGAAGCACAAGGGUGUGGCACAGCUUAUUCGACCACAGGAUCGUUUGAGUCGUGCAGCUGCCGCAUCUCAGAAUUCCAACAAGGAUUCAUCACCAGCCUCGAUGAGUUCAAAUCCGAGCUCGAUGGCUGGGCCAGGGCAAACCUCAACGGAUGCCACCAGCGAAUUCUCGGAAGCGACCGCAUCAUUGUUCACUCCCCGGGAUCACGAGCGAUAUCCCAUCCACGAUGCCCACAUAACGAUGAAGCCCCACGCUAGAGUGUCUCUGACAGAAUUGCAGUUUAAGAACCAAGCCCAUUUCAACGCCAGAGCCGCCGACUGGAGCCCCUGUGGGAAAUGGUGUGUUGUCGUUGGGGAAUCAGCAAAGGUGACUGCGCAGGGAAUGGAAGGGUAUGGAGGAUUUGCUGUCCUCCAUCGAUGAGACCUGGAAAAGUUGGAAAUGACGAUGAGGCUGGCGGCAUGAGGAGCCGAGAUUAUUUAAAUAGAGCCUGGUAGGGACGCCAAUCAACGCCCAUUGGCGGUACCUUGCAGAUAUUGUUAUGCCGCUGUGGGGAGCCAAUUCUACAAGUAGGCGACGCCCCCAGCCUGAUAAACAAUGAAUAA